GGUGCUAGGCAUUCAAUAGCUUUGAACCUUUAAGGAAGUGGUAAAGGGACUUCAUGAGCAUGAAAAUGCACUUUCGUAACAAGGAUCAAGGACCACUCACGUUGGAAGCAGCAGCUAAGAAGCCCCUGGAAGAAGUAUCGAUGUUAAACUUAAAACUCAUUAAGGGAACUGUUUCUUCCUUCCUCCUGUUGUCAGCAGAAGCACCUCUAGGCGACAAGAAUCACACCAGCGUGCAGUGAUCUGAAGUUGAUCAAGGAAGCCUAAAUCGUCUGCUUCAAGAAUUCCAAGAUGUCUUCACCCCCUCUGAUGGGUGAUCCCCCUAGCCGAGUUCAUGAUCACAAAAUUGAGUUGUACCAAGGCGCACCAGCUAUUAAACAAAGGCCAUACUGCUACAGUAGAGCGCAGAGGGAAGCCUUAGAAAACACGGUACAGGAAAUGUUGAAGAUGGGAAUAAGUGGACCCAACCACAGUCCAUUCGCGUCUCCUGCCCUACUAGUGAAGAAGGAUGGUAACUGUCAGGUUUUGUGUCAACUACAAGGGGCUCAAUGCCUUAACCGUGAAGGAUCGGUAUCUGAUCCCAGUUACCAAUGACUUGUUGGACGAACUCCAUGGAGUGUAUUUCUCAAAGUUGGACUUAUGGUCAGGGUAUCACCAAAUUCGUGUGGCCACCAAGGAUGUGCCAAAAUGGCCUUUCUCACUCAUGAUAGACAUUAUGAAUUGAACUAUCAUGCCCUUCAAGCUGAUGAAUGCACCAGCCACAUUUCAAUCUAUCACGAACGACAAUUUCUGCGCAAAUUCAUCCUAGUGUUCUUCGAUGAUACAUUGGUGUACAGUCGAGAAGAAGGGGAGCAUGUCCAUCAUUUGUGCAUAGUAUUAGAAGUGGUGAGAAGGAAUCAGCCAAGGGAAAAAAUGAACAAAUGCACGUUUGGGACCAGACAGACCUCUUAUUUGGGGCAUGUGAUCAGCAAAGGGCAGGUCAGUGUGGAAGAGGAUAAGGUAGCCACGGUUCGCAAAUGGCGGCAGCCACAGACGGUGUGGAGCUAAAAGCGUUUUGAGGAUUGACAGGCUACUUCUGCAUAUUGGUCUGGAAGUAUGGGUUAGUAGCAGCACCACUGAUUGCCCUCACCAAGAGAGAGCAGUUCUGGUGGGAUGAGAAGGCCGAGAAAGCCUUCAAUGCACUGAAGGAAGCAAUUACUACAGCCUUUGUGUUGCAGAUGCCUGACUUUAUACUCACAUUUGUGGUAGAAAUAGACGCCUCUAGUGUGGGAGUGGGUGCAGUGCUGAGCCAAAACCAGCAUCCUGUGGUGCAGCCUCUUACAGGCGUGCCCUAGGGUCCAUGGGCGAUCAUAGUGGAAACAAAUCCCCUUCCUCCUCUUUUUCUUAAUCUGCUCAGGGUCAAACAACAGACAAACGGCUUGGGUGAUGAAUCCUUCAUUGUGUGUGCAAAAAUAGUAGAAUUUUCUGCUUUUAUUGGGCUUUUGGGUCGGCUCCUGCUCUCCUGCCAAGCACGCCUUGCAGUAGUAAGUUGGUGAUAUUUUUCCUUUGCCAUUCGUGCCAUUUCGAAAGACUCUCUUAGGGUCCAUGGUUUUUGGGGCUGACCCUCUAUUCAGAGUUCUUCCUUUAGACCCCCACGAAAGCUCCAAUCAGUGCUUCCAUCGGCUACCCCUUCACCAUGUUAUUGACAUUCUCAACCGUUCCUGAUAUUCCCACACCGAUCAUGUCUGCCUGAUCUUUGAGAGCUCCACGUUGUAGUCCAAGUAGGUGGAUGGACCGAAACAUGCCAUCAAUGCUUCAGCCAAUGUUUUCCAAUUUGGUUUUCCCUGAUGAGCCAGCAUCCAUUGAUACCAUCUGAUAGUCAGACCUUCGAAAUAAAUCGCCGCAUGGUUUACUCUUUGCUCGCUGUGUACUCCUUGGCAAUUGAAGAACUGCUCCGAUCUAAGUAUCCAGCUCAAGGGGUCCUCUCUAGAAAACUUGCAGAACUCCAUCUUCACAUGUUUCCAGGCGUUUCCCCCAAACUCAGAAGCCUGGUUUCAACCCCAUCCAUUCUCUGUUUGAGUUGAUGCAUCCUCCCAUCUGCCGCUCCCAGCGCCUCCUCCAUCCGAGCAUGGUUCACUUCCAUCUCCGCCAUGGCCUCUUGGGCUGUCACGCGAUCUCCCAUGGACUCUCGGCCCGAUUCUUGAGGCGAGCAAAAUCCAAUACCAUAGUUCUAGCAGGCUUAAGCGGCAGUGGCAAGACUGUAAUCUUUUACCAGCUCCGAGAUGGUUCUUCUCACCAAGGAACAGUUACAUCAAUGGAUCCAAAUGAGGGGACUUUCAUCUUGCAUUCUGAAACUGAUAAAAAAGGAAAAGUCAAGCCUGUGCAUAUUGUUGAUGUACCUGGGCAUUCACGUCUUCGGUCAAAACUUGAUGAAUUUUUGCCAGAGGCAGCUGGGGUUAUUUUCAUUGUAGAUGCUCUGGAUUUCCUGCCAAAUAUUCAAGCUGUUGCGGAGUACCUAUAUGAUAUUUUGACAAAGGCAUGCAUUGUGAAGAGGAAAACUCCAGUGCUUAUAGUAUGCAACAAGACCGACAAAGUUACAGCUCAUUCGAAGGAAUUCAUCAGAAAACAACUAGAAAGGGAAUUGGACAAACUACGUGCAUCAAGAAAUGCUAUAUCUGCAGCUGAUAUCGCUAAUGAGUUGAUGCUUGGAGAACCAGGGCAGCCUUUUGCAUUUUCUCAAUGCCAUAACAAAGUGACAGUAACUGAUGCAUCCGGUAUGACUGGAGAGAUAUCUCAGAUUGAACAUUUCAUCAGAGAGCAUGUGAGACCUUAAGUUUUCAUCUUUCAACUUGGGUACCAGUUGAUUGAUUGUUCUGCAAUAGGUUUGAGGGUUGUGGACAGAUGCUUGUGCUAUUCAAUUUCUAACUUCUGAUCUGUUGUAUUAUCUUUUACCUUUAUUGUACAAUUAUUGAUAACUUUCUAACCAUUACAUUGGCUGUUUCAGUAUCCCUGUCGCCCUUCAUUUUAUGCCGAGUCACUUCUUUAGAGACUGACGGCUGACUACUGAGUGGUAUUCCAAUUGUUAAGCUUAAUGGAGAAAUCUGACUUUUCCCAAUCAAUGGAUUGUCUUUAUACUGAGUAAAAAUGAGUAAUUAUGCA